GUGAUGUCUUGAAUUAUGACAUACGUAAAUUAUUUAUUAUUUAAAACAUUUCAGAGAUAAUGUUUAUUCCAUUUAGAUUACGGAAAGUUAGCAUAAUUAUUUUAAAUUCGAAAUGGGGAUGAAUAUAAAUAAAUUAUUAAGUAAAGCUUUCAGCAGUAAGUACUUGUUAAUGACCAACAUAAGUUUAUCGAUCUCCUUAUCAGCAGUUGGAGAUAUGUUAGAACAAAAAUACGAAAUAUUAACUGAAGAUUUAGAUGAAUUGAAUUUACGAAGAACGAAAAACUUGGCGAUAACUGGGUUACCAAUAGGUUUGGUAUGUCAUUUUUGGUACAAAUAUUUAGAUAAAUUUCUUCCGGGUUAUACGUUACGAGUGGUUACGAAAAAAGUGAUAGCCGAUCAAUGUAUAGCGUCCCCGUUGUGUAUAGCAACAUUCUUUCUUUCCAUGCAAUAUUUGGAAGGCAAAAGCAAAAGUGAAUUUAUAGAAGAAGCCAAAGAAAAAUCCGUGAAAUUGUAUGCAGCCGAUUGGAUGAUUUGGCCUCCAGCUCAGUUUAUAAAUUUUUAUUUGUUACCAUAUCAAUAUAGAAUUUUAUUCGAUAACAUGGUUUCUUUAGGGUUUGAUGUUUACACUUCGAGAGUUAAACAUUUAACUAAAGAAAAAGUUAAAUCCAGUCACGGUUAACAACUGCAUUUGAAUAUUUUCAAACCAAAAUGUCUGUGAUAAAUAAAGGAUAUAUAUUUGAUAAUAACUUGUCUUAUUUAUGAUUUACGUAUAUUCCUAAUGUCAGCAUUUUUGU